GCUCGGCUCGUGCGCCUUCUCUACCCCGGGCCCGGGAAGGACCGCGUGGGUCCGCGAUUGCGAGCGCUUCGCGUGCGGAGGCCUGCUGGUUUAAUUUCUGCGUAUGCAGAUAAUGGAGAUCCGUGGACUUUGCUGUUUGGGUUUCAUCAGUCUAUUUGGAUCAUCCCAGUGGAUGCAGCCUCACACAGCUUUCCAUGUGCAAGAGCUGACUGGAGUGUGAACGGAAGAAGCAAGGCUUUUUUUUGAUCUCAGCAGCUUUCCUUCUGGGACAACUUCCUGCAUUUUCUUAAAUUUGUUGUUGUGUUUUCUGGACUUGCAUCUUCACGGAAGCCUGAUCAAAAUGGAAAGUUUAGUCUACAAAGACACUUACUUACAGAAACUGGCUAAGAAAAUUUGCACCCAGGAAGUCCACGAGCCGCAAAAAAGGAAAUUUGGAACUGGGUUGAGAGAUGAUGGCCCCCAGCUGAAGAAGAAGCAGAAGCUACAAAAGAAGUCGAAGAAGCAACAUAAGAUGAUGGGGGGCCCGCCAAACAAGCAGAUAGCACCUGUGGCUAGCCAAGCAUCCUCAGACAAGCCAACAAAGUCAGAUGUGAAGAAAUCCAGUGUGACUUUCCCAGCUGCAUGUAGUGCUGGCAAAUCAGCUACCACUGCAGGAAAGGAGAAUGGAGAGCCAAAUACAGCCAGCAAGAGCGCACCCAGCUCCUUUUCGGCAAUGAAUCUCUUGCGGCAGAGGCUACACGAGAAGAUCCAAGAAAUCUCUGGUCAGGGAAACACCAAAGAUUUACCCCAAGCUGUGUUGGAGAAGAGGCAGCGAAGGAAAUAUGAGAGGGAGAGAAAGAAACGCCGAAGAAAAGAGUUGCGGAUGAAGGAGAAACUAGAGAAGAAGGAAGCUGAGAAGGCCUCAGUGGCACCCACCUUGAAAAACAAGGUUGAGAAGAACGACAGCAAGACUGAAAUCCUCUUCAAUAAUGUUGAAGUCCAUGAAGAGAAGGAGCUGAGCAAAGUAGAGAAGAAGAAAGAAAAGAGGAAGAAAAGAAAGGGAAACAUAACUCCCCUGACAGGGAAGAAUUAUAAGCAGCUGCUGAGCAGAUUGGAGUCUCGGAAGAACAGACUGGAAGAGCUGAAGGACAAAGAUGAGCAGAAAGCCAAGGAAAUGGAGACGAAAAUGAAGUGGACUAAUGUCCUCUACAAGGCAGAGGGCGUCAAGAUCCGGGAUGAUGAGGAGCGGCUAAAGGUGGCCCUCAAGCGCAAGGAGAAGCGCAAGGCUCAACGCCAGAAGAAGUGGGAGAAGCGGACUGAGCAUGUGGUGGAGAAAAUGCAGCACCGCCAGGACAAGCGCCGCAAGAACCUCCAGAAGAAGAAGCUUGCCAAAGCAGAGAAGAAGAAGGCCAAGGCCCGUAAGAAGGGACGUAUCCUGCCUGAAGAUCUGGAGAAAACUGGCAUUAAGUGAACUGGAAUAUGGGCUGGUUUUUAAUCCCAUGAGAACCCAUAAAACUGACUUGAGGAGCUUUUA